GAUGAGCAGCAGUAGCAAAGACCAGCCUCCCAUUGCUCUCUCUCUCUACCCCCUCUCUCUCUCUCCUCGCCAUGGCCACCGCCGCCGCCGCCGCCGCCGCCGCCGCAUUACCUUCCCUCUCCUCCGCUGCCUCCACCUCCCGCCGCCUCCUCCUCCGCACCCCGAGGGCCCUCACCCCGCGCGGCCCCCGGCCGAGACGGCCCUUCUCCGUCAAGGCCCUCUCCGCCCCCGCCCUCACCCAGGACGACCUCAAGAAGCUCGCCGCCGACAAGGCCGUCGAGUACGUGCGCAGCGGCAUGGUCCUCGGCCUCGGCACGGGCUCCACCGCCGCCUUCGUCGUCGCCAGGCUCGGCGACCUCCUCAAGGCCGGGGAGCUGAAGGGCAUCGUCGGGGUCCCCACGUCGAAGCGCACGGAGGAGCAGGCGCGGCAGCUGGGCAUCCCGCUCUCCAUCCUCGACGACCACCCGCGUAUCGACCUGGCGAUCGACGGCGCCGACGAGGUCGACCCGGACCUGAACCUGGUGAAGGGGCGGGGCGGCGCGCUGCUGCGGGAGAAGAUGGUGGAAGCGGCGAGCAAGGAGUUCGUGGUGGUCGCCGAUGAGACCAAGCUCGUCGACGGGUUGGGCGGGAGUGGGCUGGCCAUGCCGGUCGAGGUCGUGCAGUUCUGUUGGAAGUACAAUCUGGUGAGACUUCAAGAUUUGUUCAAUGAACAAGGGUGUGAGGCAAAGCUACGUUUGAAUAAAGACGGGAAGCCUUACGUGACGGAUAACUCAAACUACAUUGUAGACUUGUAUUUCAAGACUCCAAUUAAGGACGGUCCUGCCGCAGGAAAGGAGAUAUCUUCGCUGGAGGGAGUGGUGGAGCACGGCUUGUUCUUGGACAUGGCAACUGCCGUGAUUAUUGCUGGAAAAACCGGUGUAGAUGUGAAGACGAAGUAACAUUUUUGCCCUGCAGUCACCUUGGUGAGAAUUGUAAUCUUCAUUAGAUUCACAUAGAUUGUAUUUUGCAUCUCUUUAAUGUGUAAUCAUGUUCAAUUUGUUCUAGACGACUCAAAUGUCCAGAUGGGUCCUCCCAUGCUUACAUUGUAAAUCAUUCAAUUUGCGGCGACCCUUGUAACGCUCAUUAUCAAGCCAUUUCGAAUAUACUCUGCUCA